AUGGAGCUAAAUCCUAAGUACGACCACUAUGAUUUCCCUACAAUCGCCCCCGUAGCGAAACCUGGUCAUCCAGGCCACUUGACCGAGGCCCAGCAAGCUCAGGUUCACCAGCUACGCAUGCUACUCGAGGCCGAAGGUUAUACCAAGCGGCUGGAUACCCUGACGUUGUUGCGUUUCCUGCGAGCUCGAAAGUUCGACGUCAACUUAGCCAAGAAAAUGUUCGUCGACACCGAAAAUUGGAGGAAGACUCUCCUAUACACUGGACAGCCCCUUAAGAUCGACGGUCGGACUAUCAGUCUCGACGAGGAGAUAGGCGAGUGGGACAAAGACGGGUCCUUCAAGCAGAAGGUGUCAAAGUAUUACCCUCAGUACUACCACAAGACAGAUAAGGACGGCCGACCGGUGUACAUUGAACAACUUGGCAAGAUUGAUCUUACUGCUAUGAAGAACGAAGGUAUCGAGUAUGAGCACAUGUUGGUCAACUUAGCUGUCGAAUACGAGAAAAUGGCGGACCCGCGACUACCCGCUUGUUCGCGCAAGGCCGGUCAACUGCUUGAGACAUCUUGCACCAUUAUGGAUUUCAACGGUGUUGGCUUCGGCAAUGCGCGCCAGGUUUUUGGCUACAUCCAGGAGGCGUCCGGUAUGAGUCAAAACUAUUACCCGGAACGUCUUGGCCGCAUGUACCUCAUCAACACCAACUGGCUAUUUACUGGUGUGUGGCGUAUGAUUCGCCCUCUGCUCGACCCCGUCACUGUUGAGAAGAUCAACGUUCUCGGCGGUAACUACCAGAAGGAACUCCUAAACCAGAUCCCCGCCGAAAACCUCCCUAAGGAAUUCGGUGGUACCUGUCAAUGCGAGGGUGGUUGCCAUUUCAGCAACGCGGGCCCCUGGAAUGACCCUGAGUUCGCGAAGCCUGCCUGGUGGGAGCAAAAAGAUGGAGCGAUAGAGAAUAGGCCGACAGAGAUCGGCAGCGGUGCGGGUGCCGUCGCUGCCGGUGGUGCUACCGCCGUGGAGGGAGCCGAAGCUACAGCACCUGCUCCAGCCGCUGCUUAA